AUGAGUGGUGAGACUCAACCCAAAGAUCCGGUGGCUAUUAAUAAAUUUGUGGUCAAUAUUCCGGAUAAAGUGCUCAAUGACUUGAAACAGAGAUUAGAGUUGGCCCGAUAUGUGACGCCAAUAGCUGGAACUCAAUUCAAUUAUGGCUUUAAUGGCGAUUCUCUGCAAAAAGUAGUCAAUUAUUGGAAGACAUCAUUUGAUUGGCGGAAACAAGAAUCACAAUUAAAUCAAUUCAAUCAAUACAUCACUCAAAUCAAUGGCAUUGAUAUCCACUUCAUUCACGUUAAGCCAUCAAAACCUGCGAAAACAGUCGUUCCUCUUAUGGUAAUCCAUGGAUGGCCCGGAUCUGUUUGGGAGUAUUAUAAGGCGAUACCACUACUUAUUGAACCCUCAAAUGACAUCGCAUUUGAAGUGAUCUGUCCAUCAAUUCCUGGUUUCGGAUUCUCAGAGGCACCCCAUCAGGAGGGUUUUGAUGCGUUAGCGGCGGGCAAUAUAUUUGUGAAAUUAAUGAACAGAUUAGGUCACAAAAAGUUUCUAGUUCACGGAGGGGACUGGGGCUCUAUCAUCACUAAGACUAUGGCCCAGUUAUACCCCAACAACAUUCGUGGCAUUCACUUAACACUGGGUAUAAACAUGAGAUCCGGAAUGCCUUUAAUUAAGGAAUUAAUCGGAACCUAUUUUCCGGCCCUAAUCUUCGAUAAUCCUCAGAGGGAUUACAAAAAACUAUAUCCACUUUCGGACCGAUACUCUUCAAUAUUGCGUGAAUCGGGAUAUUAUCACAUUCAGGCCACUAAACCGGACACAAUCGGUGCCGCACUGGUGGACAGUCCGGUAGGUUUGGCCGCAUAUAUAUUGGAAAAGUUCUCCACCGCUACUGAUAUGAGAAAUCUCAACAAAUCGGACGGCGGACUGACCGAGAAAUUUACUUACGAUGAAUUACUUACAAAUGUUAUGAUAUACUGGGUGUCCAAUAAUGUGGCCUCAAGUCUACGUUUUUAUAAAGAAAGUUUCCCCGUAAUGUAUACAUCCGGUAUUGAUACAAUCCCGGUGUCGCCCAGUGUUCCCGUAGCCUACGCUGACUUUCCCAACGAAAUCAGUCAUUUACCCAAAUCAUUGGCUUACUAUCAGUUCCCAAAUCUGAUUCAGUUCACAGAUAUGCCCAGAGGUGGACACUUCGCCGCCUUUGAAGAGCCAAAACUACUCACUCAAGACAUUCACACAUUUGCCAAAAAAGCGUUUCCCAAAGAGUCGGUAGCUAUCAAUAAGUUUGUGGUCAAUGUUUCGGAUGGAGUGCUCGCAGACCUCAAGAGUCGGCUCCAAUCGGCCCGAUAUGUGACGCCAAUAGCGGGAACUCAAUUCAAUUAUGGCUUUAAUGGCGAUUAUCUGCAAAAAGUAAUCGCAUACUGGAAGACAACAUUUGAUUGGCGGAAACAAGAAUCACAAUUAAAUCAAUUCAAUCAAUACAGCACUCAAAUCAAUGGCAUUGAUAUUCACUUCAUUCACGUUAAGCCAUCAAAACCCGCGAAAACAGUCGUUCCUCUUAUGGUAAUCCAUGGAUGGCCCGGAUCUGUUUGGGAGUAUUAUAAGGCGAUACCACUACUUAUUGAACCCUCAAAUGACAUUGCAUUUGAAGUGAUCUGUCCAUCGAUUCCUGGUUUUGGAUUUUCAGAGGCACCUCAUCAGGAGGGUUUUAGCGCGCUAUCGGCCGCCGGAAUAUUUGUAAAACUAAUGGACAGAUUAAAUUAUAAAAGUUUUUUCGUUCACGGAGGCGACUGGGGGUCAGCUAUCGCUAAAUCUAUGGCUCAGUUAUACCCCGAUCGCAUUCGUGGCAUUCAUCUAUCAAUGGCUGAAAACAUAAAAUCCGGAAUUCCUUUCAUUAAACAAAUAAUUGGAACCUAUUUUCCGGCCCUAAUCUUCGAUAAUCCUCAGAGGGAUUACCAAAAAAUAUAUCCACUUUUGGACAAAUUCUAUACACUAUUACGUGAAUCUGGCCAUGUUCAUAUUCAGGCCACUAAACCGGACACAAUCGGUGCCGCACUGAUGGACAGUCCGGUAGGUUUGGCCGCAUAUAUAUUGGAAAAAUUUUCAGUCGGAACUGAUAUGAAAAAUCUUAACAAACCGGACGGCGGACUAACCGAGAAGUUUACUUCCGAUGAAUUACUCACAAAUGUUAUGAUAUACUGGGUGUCCAAUAAUGUGGCCUCGAGUCUACGUUUCUAUAAAGAAAGUUUUCCCGUAAUGUUUACAUCCGGUUUAGAAGAAAUCCCUGUGUCGCCCAACGUAGCCGUGGCUUACGCUGACUUUCCCAACGAAUUACUUCAUUUGCCCAAAUCGUUGGCUUACUAUCAGUUCCCAAAUCUGAUUCAGUUCACAGAUAUGCCCAGAGGUGGACACUUCGCCGCCUUUGAAGAGCCAAAACUACUCACUCAAGACAUUCACAAAUUUGCCAAAAAAGUCUUAGACUUGGAAUUGUCUGCCAAAGAGAACUCAAUUGACAAUUAA